AUGAGCACUUUUCCACCCGAUUUGUGUAGGUCUCCGCCGGCGCGGUAUUCGGAAUACGGCGUGCAGGCUGCCAUCAUGGGUUUUGGUAGACCUUUCAGAGGUAGAGGAGGAUUUCGUGGUGGUCGGGGUGGAGGCCGAUUCGAUAAUACUAAUCAAGGUCCACCUGAAGAGGUUGUGGAGGCCGGAACGUUCUUACAUCCCUGCCAGGAGGAUGUAGUUUGCCGGCUUACCAGCGAAAAGGUUCCCUAUUUUAAUGCCCCUGUGUACCUCCAAAACAAGGAGGAAGUGGGAAAAAUCGACGAGAUAUUCGGUCCUAUCAAAGACGCUUUCUAUAUCGAUCCCUAUAAGUUCCUUCCUUUGGAGCGGGUAUUGAAUCCGAAUUCGGGGCGA